AUCAAUUUUUGUAACCUUUCACUCAGAUCGGUGGCAAGUACUUAGGGUUUUUCAAUCCGGGUAAGUACUCGGAGGGAGAUCCGAAACGUAACUCUGCUAAGGCUUUUGAGUUCGCGAUACCUUUCACCGAAUCAACACUUUCAUCAGCCUACUCAAUCAGGUAUUUCAAUAUUUCUCGCUUGUUUUUCCAUGGCUGAUUCUCAGAAGGAUGUCUCUGCUUCUGCAAGCAAGGAUGAAGGCGAGGUUCAAAAUGUAAAGUCUGAAACAUCUUCUUCGGAAGCACAAUCUGGACAAAGAAGGCCAACCCCUGCAGCAGAGGCUUUUCCUCAAAAUCCUUUUGAUUUCUCAGCAAUGUCUGGUUUACUCAAUGACCCCAGCAUUAAGGAAUUGGCUGAACAGAUAGCUAAAGAUCCCUCAUUUAAUCAAAUGGCUGAGCAGCUCACGAAGACGUUUCAGGGUGCAUCAGCAGUUGAGGAGGGGGUUCCUCAAUUUGAUACACAACAAUACUAUUCCACCAUGCAACAGGUCAUGCAGAAUCCACAAUUCAUGACCAUGGCCGAGCGUCUUGGCAAUGCUUUAAUGCAGGAUCCUUCCAUGUCUAACAUGAUGGAGAACUUCACCAAUCCUGGAAAUAAGGACCAGCUUGAAGAACGAAUGUCCCGCAUCAAAGAUGAUCCAACAUUAAAACCAAUCCUGGAUGAGAUAGAGAAGGGAGGUCCAGCUGCUAUGAUGAGGUACUGGAAUGACAAAGAUGUUCUUCAGAAGUUAGGUGAAGCUAUGGGUAUUGCGGCUGCAGGAGAAACUGGUAGCUCUGGUGGGAAUCAUGAACAAGAAGAAACAGAAACAGAAGGAGAUGAAGAUGAAUCUGUUGUUCAUAGCACUGCUAGUGUUGGUGAUGUGGAGGGUUUGAAAAAUGCAUUGGCCUCCGGUGCAGACAAGAAUGAGGAGGAUUCGGAGGGGAGAACAGCAUUGCAUUUUGCAUGCGGUUAUGGUGAGGUGAAAUGCGCCCAAAUCCUUCUCGAGGCAGGAGCAGUUGUGGAUGCUUUAGAUAAGAAUAAAAACACGGCACUUCAUUAUGCAGCUGGUUAUGGGAGGAAGGAGUGUGUUGCUCUUCUUCUGGAACAUGGUGCUGCUGUUACACUUCAGAAUUUGGAUGGGAAGACGCCCAUUGAUGUAGCAAAGCUGAACAACCAGCAUGAGGUGCUUUCACUGCUAGAAAAGGAUGUUUUUCUUUGAGAUGGAUACCCAAAAAGGUUUGAUUCCUUUGAGAAAAACCCUAUUUAUUUCUUGUGUAUUUUAUUUAUUUAUUUUGUCAUAUGACGGUGAUGAUGAGGAUGAUUUAUGUAUGAGGUAAACCUUGUUCGAUCCGA